AUGAAGGCCCCACAACAGAUUUCUCAGACGAUGCCUGAUAAAGAGCUAGCUGCGUGGACUUCCCGUGUCAGUAUCGAGACGCCACAUUAUGAAGGUAAGGAUGAUUCGCAUAGGGCCGAAAGCAGUGAGAUUUUACCCAAGGCGGUGCGGCAAGAUGCCAUCUCCAGCUCACGGAUGAUCAAAAAGAAAAGACGAGAAUUGACCUUGCAGAGCUUUGCUGCGAAAGGCACACCCGAUCUCCGAAAUAUUGAAUUAUUCCCGGACUACACGUUGAUGAUCGAUCGAUUACACAGACGUAGAGUCAAAGGAUCAUUUUUACAGUUUCCGUAG